UUUCAACUCACUUACAUUAAUCUCUCAAAAAUGGCUCUUACCAAGCAGAAUUUCUCUACUCAAUCUGAAGAAGCCUUGAACCAACAAAUCAAUACGGAGCUUCAAGCUUCUCAAGUUUAUCUUUCCAUGUCUGCUUGGGCUCAACACUCAACAGUUGCCUUACCUGGUCUUGAAAAAUACUUUCGUGAGGCUGCUGAAGAGGAAAGAGAACAUGCUCAAAAACUGAUUGAUUAUGUAAAUACUAGAGGUGGUCGUGUCGCUUUACGCGCUUUGCAUGCACCAGAGGUUGACUGGAAGUCUGCAAAGAAUGCGGUUGAAUCUGCUCUUCAGCUUGAAAAAGACGUCAACCAUUCUCUCUUGAAGCUGCACAAGAUUGCUGAUAGUAAUAGUGACCCUCAAAUGUGUGACUUUAUCGAAGGCAAUUUCUUGGGUGAACAAGUAGAGGCAAUCAAGAAACUGUCUGAUAUGGUUACCCAGUUGAACCGUGUGGGUGAAGGACUUGGUCUCUACUUGUGGGAUCAGCAACUCUACAGAGAUGGAACAGGUGCUGGCAGCCGUGCUGUUGGUACUCCUCAUCACGGUUAGAUCAUGUUACAAUAACAAUAAACUAAUACAAGAGAAAAAUAUUCUUGUGUAGUCGAAACUUUGUUCUCAAUGAAAUAUCUUUGUAACGUCGCGUGGUUUUGUUUAUUUACACUU